GCGGCGCCAUGUAGAAUUUCAGUCAUUUAAAACUACAGUAUGCAACUUUUCUAAAAAAAAAAUAUAUAUAUAUAUAUAUGUUUUUACUUAUAUCUUUUGUGACAAUUUAACAUGAGACAAUCUGAAAAAAAUCAAGUUCCUUCUGCAAUCUGAAUACCUCUGUCAGAAACAACCAAUCAGAGCCAGUGUUGGCAAUCAUUCUCGUGGACAUGCUGCUCAUGCCCUCACCACUACAGAGCUCAGGGCGCGUGGCCACCAAAGAUGGCGGAUAAACGGUUUCUCUGCAGCGUUCUCCAGAACCUGCAGAGCUGCUGACGCUACAGGAAUGGCCACAGCUUCACCAGAUAAGGGUCACCAACCGGUGGUUGUUGCUUUGCCGCAGUACGUCGGUCCUGAAGUCCAGGCUCAGCCUCACAUGAUGGUCCAUCAGAGCGCUGUGAACAUCCCAGCUGUGCAGCCCAGCGACGACAUCAUCUGGUCUCUCGUUUGCUUCAUGUAUGGAAAUCCGUUCUGCCUGGGACUGGCGGCCCUCAUCUUCUCCGUAAAGGCCAGAGACAGGAAGGUGGUCGGAGAUCUGGAGGGAGCCAGACGUCACGGCUCCACCGCUCGCGUUCUCAACAUCGUGGCGACCGUCCUGACCUCUGUAGCCACCUUACUGACAGUCAUUGUUCUGCUUGCUUUGAGUUUUCGCUAACUAGCUUUUCUGUUUUUACUCUGGUAUCAAACUGAAACCAUGACAGUAAUAGUAGUAGUAAUAGUAGUAGUAAUUAGUAACUUUCAUUGUGUAACGUUUGCUUAUGCACAAUCUGCAAACUGUGUCCGAUCUGCGAUGAAUGGAAAGCUUGUUUCACUAUAUUAAU